AUGCUUCCCGCCGCCUACACCUCGACCCUCGCUGGCCGCGCUCCGGCCUUGCUCCGAUGCGGACGUAGGGUCCCUCAGACGCUGCCAGCCCGUGCCUUUAGCAGCGCCGCCCUCAAUGGGCAGAAGAGGGCAUCGCUCCAGUCCAAGCUGACGGGCCAGAAGCGAUUGGGCACCGUGUCCGUCCUGCGCCCCUACAGCUCAGCUGCCGAUUCCGCGCCCAACCCCAAGGCGUAUAUCGACAGUGGGGUUAUCAAGCCGGCGCAAAACGUCGACGUGAAAAAGGUCCUUGUCAUUGGCAGUGGAGGUCUCGCCAUUGGACAAGCUGGCGAGUUUGACUACUCAGGCUCCCAGGCCCUCAAGGCCCUCAAGGAGGCUGGCGUCGCGUCGGUCCUCAUCAACCCCAACAUUGCGACCAUCCAGACCAACCACUCCCUCGCCGAUGAGGUGUACUACCUCCCCGUCACACCCGAGUAUGUUUCGUACGUCAUCGAAAAGGAGAAGCCCGACGGCAUCUUUCUGUCCUUUGGUGGCCAGACGGCCCUGAACUUGGGUGUCCAGAUGCAGCGCCUCGGUCUGUUUGAGAAGUACGGCGUCAAGGUCCUGGGCACCAGCGUCAAGACGCUCGAGACGUCCGAGGAUCGCGACCUCUUCGCCAAGGCGCUGGGUGAGAUUGACAUCCCCAUCGCCAAGUCGAUCGCUGUCGGCACCGUCGAGGAGGCUCUCGAGGCCGCCGAAAAGGUCGGCUACCCCAUCAUCGUCCGUGCGGCCUACGCGCUGGGCGGUCUCGGGUCCGGAUUCGCCAACAAUGAGGAGGAGUUGCGCAACAUGGCUGCGCGAUCGCUCACCCUGUCGCCCCAGAUCCUCGUCGAGAAAUCGCUCAAGGGCUGGAAGGAGGUCGAGUACGAGGUCGUCCGUGACGCCAACAACAACUGCAUCACUGUCUGCAACAUGGAGAACUUUGACCCUCUGGGCAUCCACACUGGCGACUCGAUUGUCGUCGCGCCCAGUCAGACCCUCAGCGAUGAGGAGUAUCACAUGCUGCGAUCCGCCGCCAUCAAGAUUGUUCGCCAUCUUGGUGUCGUGGGUGAGUGCAACGUGCAAUAUGCCCUCCAGCCCGACGGCCUCGACUACAGGGUCAUUGAGGUCAACGCUCGUCUCUCUCGAUCCUCCGCCCUGGCUUCCAAGGCCACCGGGUACCCGCUCGCCUACACCGCAGCCAAGAUCGGCUUGGGCCACACCCUGCCCGAACUCCCCAACGCCGUGACCAAGACCACCACGGCCAACUUCGAGCCCUCGUUGGACUACAUGGUCACCAAGAUCCCCCGAUGGGAUUUGUCCAAGUUCCAGCACGUCAAGCGCGACAUUGGCAGUGCCAUGAAGUCGGUCGGCGAGGUCAUGGCCAUCGGCAGGACAUUCGAGGAGUCCUUCCAGAAAGCCAUCCGCCAGGUCGACCCCAGGUUCGUCGGCUUCCAGGGCGACAAAUUCGAGGACCUCGACUAUGAGCUGCAGAACCCCACGGACCGCCGAUGGUUGGCCGUGGGCCAGGCCAUGCUCCACGAGAACUACUCCAUCGACAAGGUGCACGACCUCACCAAGAUUGACAAGUGGUUCCUCGGCAAGCUGCAGAACAUUGUCGACAUGACCCACGAGCUCGAGAACGUCGGUGGCCUCAACAAGCUGAAGAGAGAGCAGGUCCUCAAAGCCAAGCAGAUGGGCUUCUCCGACAAGCAGAUUGCCAUGGCCACCAAGAGCACCGAGGACGAGGCUCGCGCCUACCGAACCAAGCUCAACAUCCGCCCCUGGGUGAAGAAGAUUGACACCCUGGCUGCCGAGUUCCCUGCGGACACCAACUACCUCUAUACCACAUACAACGCCUCCUCGCACGACGUGACCUUUGAGGACAGGGGUAAGGUCAUCCUCGGCAGCGGCGUCUACCGCAUCGGUAGCUCCGUCGAGUUCGAUUGGUGCGCUGUCAGCGCCACCCGAGCUCUGCGCGAGAUGGGCGAGAAGACCGUGAUGAUCAACUAUAACCCAGAAACAGCAAGCACUGACUACGACAACGCGGACAAGUUGUACUUUGAGGAGCUCAGUUACGAACGUGUAAUGGAUAUCUACGAACUCGAAAACGCGUCUGGCGUCGUCGUGUCCGUCGGUGGCCAGCUUCCACAGAACAUCGCUCUGCGUCUGCAAGAAAAUGGAGGCGCCAAUGUGCUUGGCACUGAUCCCAAGGAUAUUGACAAAGCCGAGGACCGCCAAAAGUUCUCCGAGAUCCUUGACAGCAUCGGCGUUGAUCAGCCCGCUUGGAAUGAGCUUACGUCUGUUGCCGAAGCCGAGAAGUUUGCCGAUGAAGUUGGUUAUCCUGUACUUGUUCGCCCUAGCUACGUUCUUUCCGGAGCCGCCAUGACUGUGAUCCGCAGCCAGGAGGACCUCAAGGAGAAGCUCGAGGCGGCCAGCAACGUGUCCCCCGAUCACCCCGUCGUCAUCACCAAGUUCAUUGAGGGUGCUCAGGAAAUCGAUGUUGAUGGUGUCGCCGCCAAGGGUGAGCUGGUGAUCCACGCUGUAAGCGAGCAUGUUGAGCAAGCCGGUGUGCACUCUGGUGAUGCCACCCUCGUGCUGCCCCCCGUCAAGUUGGAUGCCAGCGUCAUGGAGCGCUGCAAGGACAUCGCACAAAAAGUCGCCAAAGCAUGGAAUAUCAGCGGUCCCUUCAACAUGCAGAUCAUCAAGGCCGAUGGACUGGAUGGCGAGGUGCAGCUCAAGGUCAUUGAGUGCAACCUGCGCGCCUCCCGCUCGUUUCCCUUUGUCAGCAAAGUUCUUGGUCUAAACUUCAUUGACGUGGCCACCAAGGCUCUUGUUGGCAGAGACGUGCCCAACCCUACCGAUCUGAUGGCAGUCAAGCGCGACUACCUUGCGACAAAGGUGCCCCAAUUCUCCUGGACUCGUCUGGCUGGCGCCGACCCGUUCCUGGGUGUCGAGAUGGCUUCCACGGGAGAGAUGGCAUGCUUCGGAAAGGAUCUGGUCGAUGCUUACUGGACUUCGCUACAGUCCACCAUGAACUUUCGCAUGCCGGAGCCUGGCGAGGGCAUCCUGUUUGGUGGAAACGUAUCCAAGUCGUGGCUCACUCAAGUCGCCGACUAUCUCAAGCCAUUGGGCUAUAAGUUCUACGCUGCUGGCGACGAUGUGAAACAGUUCCUCGAGUCCUCUUCCGAGGGAAUCAGCGUGGAGGUCAUUGAGUUCCCCAAGGAGGACAAGCGUGCUCUUCGCCAAGUCUUUGAGAAGUACAACAUCCGAGGAUGCUUCAACCUGGCGCAGGAGCGCGGCCGCACCACCCUGGACGUGGACUAUGUCAUGCGCAGGAACGCUGUCGAUUUUGGCGUUCCUCUGUUCAUGGAACCUCAGACUGCCAUCCUGUUCGCUCAGUGCAUGAGCGAGAAGCUGCCCCGCAAGGAGGGCAUCCCUUCGGAGGUGCGCCGCUGGUCAGAUUUCAUUGGCGGCAAGCCACUGUAA